UGAUUGCCACUGUGGCUCGGAGACCCUAAGCUUUAGUCAGUAUGAUGGAUGAUGACACCGAACUGAGGACUGAUGGCAACUCACUUUUAAAGGCUGUGUGGCUAGGGAGGCUCAGGCUGACCAGACUCCUCCUGGAAGGGGGCGCUUAUAUCAACGAAAGCAAUGACAAAGGCGAAACGGCUCUCAUGGUGGCAUGCAUCACCAAACAUGUGGACCAGCAAAGCAUCAGCAAGUCCAAGAUGGUGAAGUACCUGCUGGACAACAGGGCAGAUCCCAAUAUUCAGGAUAAGUCUGGCAAGACCGCUCUCAUCCAUGCUUGCAUCAGAAGAGCUGGAGGAGAAGUAGUCUCCUUAUUACUGGAGAAUGGAGCCGAUCCCAGCCUUGAGGAUCGCACUGGGGCUUCAGCCCUGGUUUAUGCAAUUAAUGCAGAUGACAAAGAUGCAUUGAAACAUCUCCUUGAUGCCUGCAAAGCCAAAGGGAAGGAGGUGAUUAUUAUAACAACAGAUAAAUCAUCUUCAGGCACCAAGACCACCAAACAGUAUCUUAAUAUCCCUCCUUCACCCAAAGUAGAAGACAGACAGUCGCCUCCACUGAGUGCGUCUCCCUCAGAUAUUGAACUGAAGGCUCCAGGCCUGGGCUCUCCACCCAGCGAGAAGGAAGAUGACUUCUUCAGCCUCCAAACAGGGCACCCAAGUGGUUGCAACACCUCUAAAGCUCUGAAUGAGCCCGGGUCACCCACCAGGAAAGCUGGGAACCUCAAAAGGGCCCGUCUGCCCCAACUGAAGAGGCUCCAGUCUGAACCCUGGGGCCUGAUCGCGCCCUCUGUACUGGCAGCCUUCAUGCGUCAGGAUGAGAUCCACAGUGCCAGCAAUGACCAUGAGGUCAUCAAGAGCAUUAGUGAUGUGUCCUUCCCCAAAAGGGGGCCCCUUUCCAGAACCAACAGUAUUGAUGGCAAAGACCCCACCCUCUUCCCCACAGUCACGGAGCAGGUUCUGAAGAUUUCAGCCUCUUCGGCAUGCUGGAAGGCAGCCUACGAGAAAGGUCAGGCUUCCCACCCACGUCUGACCAGAAGAGGAACUCUCCCUGUUGACCAAGAGAAGGGUGGUGUCAGUCCAUCUGGUCCCUCUGCACUCAAAGAUGCAGCAUCUCUCAAACGGCUGGAAAAUGACCUCUACGAUUUAGAUUUGCAGCCAGGGGCUGACCCACCCAACUCCAUUUCCCUUGAAUCAGGCAAAGCACCCUUAGACAGAAAGAAGCUCAACAGCUCCCACUUGUCUCUUUUUCAUGGCUCUCGGGAGUCCCUGGACGCCGUGCCCAGCACAUCUCCCAGCUCAGCACGCCGCAGGCCACCACAUCUUCUAGAAAGACGAGGUUCUGGAACUUUGCUACUAGACCGAAUUUCUCACACUAGGCCUGGCUUCCUUCCACCUUUAAAUAUCAAUCUGAACCCACCUAUCCCAGAUAUUAGAUCUAGCAGCAAACCUUCCUCUCCACUUGCUAGUGGCUUAAAAUCCAUGGUUCCUGUUGCUCCAAGUUCACCAAAGAGAGUUGACUUGAGAAGUAAAAAGAAGCUCCUCAGACGGCAUUCUAUGCAAGUCGAACAAAUGAAGCAGCUCUCUGAUUUUGAAGAUAGCAUGACCUAGAAGCUUUUAGGGAAGGUUUUUUGUUUCUUUGUUUUUUUUUUUUAAUCUAUAUAGUUUAUGAAUGGUACCAUACUCUAGACCAACACAGCCAUGCUGAUUCUCUGCAUCCUGAUCAUUCCUUAAUGUGGGAGUAAGGCUGCUUCAGAAGAUAAGGAAACAAGAUGCUGCUUCCCUUCAGAAAUAAUCUCUGGGUUUUUAUAGGUCUAUUUGAAAACAGCUCAGGAUGAUUUGAUUUUGAAGAUUAAAUUACAAAAAAAAUUCUCCAAAGGAAAAAAACCUUUGGAGUUUGAAAGUAGCACAGCAAGUACAAUGAUGUAAGCUGUUGACAUCAGUUAUUUUCUAUCAGACAAACAGGAAUUUAAACCACAAGAUGGUAUUUGAAGUAUGUCAUUUGUAAUAAAUCUACAAAGUGCCUACAAAGAAAAUGAGGCUUUAACAUUUGUUAGAAUGUGCAAAAGCUCAAAACCAACCCUAAGUUAUGAAAUCUGGGAUUCUGAGUUACAUUUGAAGGAGUAGAAACAGAAUUCCCCCAUCAGGAAGGUUCUGGCGUGUGGGUCCUGCCUCUUACCGUGUCAUGGGACACUGUCUAGAAUGGCAUGGUUGAGAUCUUCCAGAACUCCAGUAACAUACUUUGCUCACACAGUAAUUUGGAUGUGCUAUGAUUCCCCAAAUAUCACAUCUAUACGUCCCCCAAAUUCUCAUGUGUCACAGUAGUGGUGCCACAGAGAUGCAUCUUGCCCCCAAAAUGAAACUUGCCUCAGCCUUCUGUCCCGACACAGGCUCUGUAAAACAGUCAGGGUCUGUUAACUAAUCUGGAGUUGAACGUGACACAAUUUAUAGAAUAGACCUGUAAGAGGUGUUUCCUGAUUAUUCUUAAGAAAACUUGAUGAGAUUUCCCCAAACUAGAAUGAUAAAUGAUGAUGGGAUGUGCACGGAUUAAAAGGUAAAGUGGAUGGUUCUUAGGCCAGAAGUAGUGGGGACCAUUUAAUUUUGUAGCCUGAAAAUUUUAGGGGAUGCCAACAGUCAUUUCUCCUUCGCUUAGCUAGGUAAUUCAAGAAAAAUCUGGUUUCCUCUUUGCCUGAAUUAUCCAGGAAAUGGGAGAUUUGUAGAAAUAAACUGCACAACCCUUUUAACCACUUUGCACAAACCCAAGAAGGGACGCAGAGACUUAGCACAUUUGGUAUAAUGUAGCCACAUUUUAGAUGAAGUUAUUUUCCCAUCUAUUUUUCCUUUCAUGCUGCUUAGAUAUAUUUGCUCUACGGUUAAAAAAAUUCAGCAGUCCUUGGGGAUAACAUCAUGUAGAGGAAAGAGUAACUGCUCUGAGAUUUGGGUUUGCAUCUAAGUUUCAUCAUAUACCUGCUGUGUGACCUUGAGGAAGUAGCUUAACUUCUCCAACCCUCCACUUCCUCAUCUGUAAAAUGGGGUUAGUAAUGCUUCACCUUGCAAGGUUGUGUUGAGAACUAAAUGAGACAAUGUAUGAAAGUGCCUGUUACAGUGUCUGGCCGGGGUAGAAGCAAUUGGAUAAGAAGUAACUAAUCUUAAUUUAAUGAUUCAGACCCCGGGAGCCUCAAAAUCUCAAAUAAUACAUAAUAUCCUACACAAAAUGUAGCAAAAUCUAGCUGAAAAUUUCAAGUGUCCCCUUGAGAUCCUCAGUGAUUCUAUAAAUACUGAGCCCUAUAACUCAUUUGUAAGGUAAAAUAAAUUCUGCCACAGAAGAUCUACGUAUCACACUAUUUCUAUAAUGACAUUUGCUAGAAAUUUUUCUGACUAUCCCAAACAAAACUGCUAAUGACAGUUAUAAAUAAACCAAGUGUUUACUUUUUAAUAAUGCCUUGAGGGCAGGCACAUACUCAACCUCAGCACUAUUGACAUUUUGGGCUGGAUAAUUCUUUGUUAUGGGUGGCUGUUCUGUGCACUGUAGGUUGUUUAGCAGCAUCUCUGGCCUCUACCCACCGGAUACCAGUAGCAUCCUCCUCCUAGUUGUCACAACCGAAAAUGUCUCCAGACAUGGCCAGACAUCUCCUGAGGCAACAUUACCUCGGUUGAUCACCACUGUUUGACGAGAGCAACUCUGUACACGGUAGAACUAUGUCAAGAGCAACAAAGCUGCAUGGAGUUGUGGGUCUGGCUGGCUAGUCAGGCUCUCCUAUUAACUUAAAGGCAAUUCAAACUGUGCUUGAGUCAGAUGACUAAUUAAUUUAUAACAUGGGCCUUCAGGAUUCUUGGCAAACACACAAACAUGAGUGCUACUGGCCUCUUGCACUUUGCAGGGAGGGAAGUAAACAAGGGCAGCACAUAAGCUAGCGAAAAUCCAGGGCUCGUGAACUUGGUGUAGUGUGAACAAUCUAUAUGCUUUCCAGAACCAUUUAGUCAUUCACAGUUCUUACCAAGUGGUGUGAUUACAGGCAAAGAAACAACUCUCUAGUGCAUUAAAGAGAGACUCAUACAGACAACCAUUGUUCUCAGCAGCUCGUUAAGUCCACACACACUAUACAUUGUAAGUAGUAUUCCAACUGAUGUUAGCGCCAGUUAAAACUAACCUCUGCUAGUAAUAUCUAACUGUGGGGAUAGCAAGAUACUGCAUAGCAGAAUUUUUCCAAACCUUUAUCUAAGAUUUGAAAGCCUAAUUUAUCAUAAGUAGUGAAUGUGAUACAUUCAUAGCAAUUAGCUUAGAUGAAAUACUAAAUGUGAUGUGUUGCCCCUUUGGAAUAGCCUGUCCAUCACACAAAUGCAUAACAUCAGGUACGCUCAUGCCACUCAUUGCCUGAAUCAGUCAGUUGGGACUUUUCCAUUGGCCUUUCUCUAGACAGUCACCAGGGUAGUACCUUAUUUCAUCACUACUUGACAAUGCAUUAGCUGAGUUAGACUGCUCCAAACUAAUACAACAAUCACAAUACUUUAUCACGGUUAAUGCAUAAAUAGGCAAUUUUGUCCGUGUUAACAAACAUCACAAGAACACUUUUUAAAAAGCAUAUUUAGAUUCAAACAUGCUACCUAGAUCAGAGAUUAGCUUUUCUUUUUGGAAUCUUAGAAUCACUACAGAAGAUAGCUGCAAACUAUAGUUUCAGUAACCCAUCUACUUAACACUUUCUAGAAUGUUUAUCAAAAUAUGUCAUAGAAUGUGUGUCUGAAGUUUAAAGGUUGGAACUUUGGUUUAAUUUCUACACCUUCCAAAGACUUCUUUUGUUUGUUUGUUUAAAUCCAUUGUCGAUUCUCUUAGCGUUUUAUCCAGUAAAUGGUAUCCUGCCAAAUGCAGGCUGUCUGACCUUCCUCCUUCGUGUGUGUUGGUACUUCAGAUGCAUCGUGUGUGGCUUGAACUGGCUCUCUACAGUGUUACAUCCUAGUCUCAAGCCAACGAUGUGCUCAAGGAUGUAUCAAGCCCAUGUAAUGGAACUAUUUAGAUAUUUCUCAUAUGUCAAUAAAAGAUAUAUUGCAAUCCUUCAAUAGUGUUUCCCAUUUCUCUUAGUGAGAU